GGGGAGGCUCCAACCCACGAAGGAGCGGAGUGGGAGCCUCCACUCUGGUUGGCCGUCACUCGGCUAACUCCAUUUUGGAACAACAGCUGUCGGGAGAAGACACGCGAGCUUUAUUUCGCCGUCGUUUGCCGAAUACGUCGCCCUGGAAAGAACCCUUUGCUCGUUAUUGCAGCUUCGGGUUCGCCCAGUUAUUAUCAUUUUUCUGUUAUAUAUAUAUAUAUUUUUUUUUUUAUGCUUCCGAGUGCUAGGAAACUUACGCGGGGGUCCAUGGUGUCCAAUCUCCGUUGUAACAAGUGGAUAAGAAGAGGCGAAGCGAUCAAGCUGUAAUGAGAGCGCUGGUCAUGGACAGAUGAUGGACGUGGAGACGUCGUACUCGGACUUCAUCAACUGUGAUCGUACCGGCCGCAGGAACGCGGUGCCCGACAUCGCGGGUGAGGGCAAAGUGGAGGCCAGCACCAGCGACGUCGCCAAAGACUUGGCCGAGAUGGACUUGAAGGACGCAGGCGAGCCCGAGGCGUCUCCGGCCCCCGAGGCCGAGGGCUCCGCGGGUCAGGACGCCCAGGGAGGCGGGGGCCCCUCCUAAGCGGGCGGGCGGGCCGCUACGGAGGGACGGGCGACGGGAACGGCACCCCGCAGCGACGGCUCCUCUCGGGAGCCGGACCGGCAACAUUUGGAUCAGACGCUUGGACGGCCUCGCCGGGAAGUCCGACUGCCAUUUGAGAUGCUUCUCUUGCGCUUUGGACUCUUGUUUAGUCCCCUGAAUAUUCCCCAUGGGAUGAGGAGGCAAAGAGACUUUGGGCUUGUGCGGAGACUGAGCUGAAAAUAUUUGAACAAUUUCCAAGCCGUAUCACGGAGGGGGAGAUCAUAACUACGUGUCAUUUUCUUUCUAUGCGUGUGCGUGUUUGUAACCCUCUUGACCUUUUUCAUUAUCGAGUGUUGCCCCCCCCCCCCCAUCCAACUUAGUCUCCAUGAUACUGUCGUGUAUGGACUCUGUAUUUAUUGCUAACUGUUCAGUGAUAACUUUUGUGAUAGCUACUUUCUUUGUGUAAUAAAAAAAACAGCUUAUGAAUCUGA